AUGGAAAACCACGUACAUAGCUUUUUAACCAAAUUUAGGCCUGCAUUUGGUCUGUUGCGGAAUUUUAGGGGCAAGCUACCAGCAAAGACCCCAGGGGACAUCGAGAGUGGCCGGCCAGAUCUCAUACAAUCUCAAUCACAAGACGACACGGCCGACGCGACUAAGAAUGCGUCGCAGCUCCAAGAUACAGGAAGCCUGAGAGCUAAGCAGGAAGACUCUCUCGACUCCUCAGCCUCAAACACAAAUUCAGGCGAUGAUCACGAAAACCAUCCACAACCGCAAUUCACAGAAGGCCCUUCUCGGUUUGUCUUAGCCAAAGACGGCUCAAACGACUGCGUAGCGCUGCUUGUGAACGAAAGGUUUCUCGCCAAACUACGUGACCUUUUUCAAGAGAACCGGGAUAUAAGUGCUCUAGACGGACCACUUUAUCAUGCGAAGAUGGAUACGACCAGCAUCGAGAACUCGAUACAAAACGCGCAAGAAUCCCUGAAGAUAGCAGAGAGUGAAGAACAAGCAGAGAAGUAUAAGAAAUCUAUAGAGCAACAGGCUUCUGAGCUACUUAACAUCCGUCAUUGGAAAGAUAAGCUCGAGAAGGAGCAGAGCCUAAUCAAAGGCAACCUUGAGUUAUCCCGAAGCCAUACUCAAUGGGUCUUGGAAACGGCUAUGAAAGAAGCUGAUCUUCUGGGACCAGAGAAGCCAUUGCCGGCUAUCUUGCUUCGCGAUAGAGAAACCGAAUACACCGAAGAAGAGGUCGAGGUUCCCAAUUAUGCGAUGCCUGCACAGAGUCCGGCAGUGUCAGUUGCAUCAGAUCACGAAGAAGUCGAGUUAAGCGAAGAAGAAAAUCAGCGCCACGCAGCCUAUGAUGACUUCAUAGACCGUUCGCAGCUCUUAGACACAGUUCAGGCCGAUUUCGACGACCAGCAAAACAAUUACCGGGAGAAUUUGGCUAUGUUUCAGCAAAAAGCAGAAGCGGGGGUUAGCAAAAUGUCUCGAAGUGACUUCGAUCGUCGGAGCGUUCAGUACGGACAGCAACUCACACGAGCCUUGAUCGAUGCAGAGGAGGAAUUCGAGGAAGCAAGAGAGCAUGCUCAAGCAUUAGGCGCAAUAGGUUCCGAUCACGGGCAAGAGUUUUACUAUGGAGCCGAAUAUGAGGAGAGCUGGCCGGAGAACAAGAUCGCCGACUAUAACUCCUCCCACGACUGGGGCUUCAUCCAUGACUGGAUGGACAACAUCCCCAACGCCACCAGUCAAUCAGACACUGAAUCGGUGGAGAUAGACGAAUGGGACGCAGAAGAGGUCGACGUGAAUGACAGUAUCAGCGUGAUAGACCGCGAAGACUACCGUCAGGACAUCGAACGGUACCGAAGAAUCUGCGCUCGUCUGGAGGAUCCCUGUCCAGCAGUACGGUGGUUGGGACAGCCCGAUGCCCAACCUUUGGAGCGAAGGUAUUCGUUUUGGAUGUAG